AUGAACGCGCAGCUGGCGAUGGAGAACAUCAGCGAUCUGCACGGGGUGAGCCAUGAGCCGGUGCCCGCGGCUGCCGAUCUGAUGAGCGGCAGCCCCCACCACCGGAGCGCCGUGGCCCACCGCGGCAGCCACCUGCCUGCACACCCGCGCUCCAUGGGCAUGGCGUCCAUCCUCGACGGCGGCGACUACCACCACCACCACCGGCCGCCCGACCACGCUCUGACGGGCCCCCUACACCCCACCAUGACCAUGGCCUGCGAGACCCCCCCUGGCAUGAGCAUGAGCAGCACCUACACCACGCUCACCCCGCUGCAGCCUCUACCUCCCAUCUCGACGGUCUCGGACAAGUUUCCUCACCACCACCACCACCAUCACCAUCACCACCACCCCCACCAGCGGAUACCGGGCAACGUGAGCGGCAGCUUCACGCUCAUGCGGGACGAGAGGGGUCUGGCAUCUAUGAACAAUCUCUACACCCCUUACCAUAAGGAUGUUACCGGCAUGGGGCAGAGCCUCUCUCCGUUGUCUGGAUCGGGCCUGGGGAGCAUCCACAACUCCCAGCAAGGGCUGCCCCACUACGCUCACCCCAGUGCCACCAUGCCCGCCGAGAAAAUGCUCACCCCAAACGGAUUUGAAGCCCACCACCCUGCCAUGUUGGCCAGGCAUGGCGACCAACACCUCACCCCCACCUCCGCUGGCAUGGUGCCUAUCAACGGGAUCCCACACCACCCCCAUGCCCACUUGAAUGCCCAGAGCCACGGGCAGAUCCUGGGCUCUGCCAGGGAGCAAAACCCUUCUGUAACUGGUUCGCAGGUCAACAGUGGAAGUAAUUCAGGGCAAAUGGAAGAAAUCAAUACCAAAGAAGUAGCUCAGAGGAUCACCACCGAGCUCAAGCGGUACAGCAUCCCCCAGGCUAUCUUCGCCCAGAGGGUGCUGUGCCGCUCUCAAGGGACCCUCUCAGACCUGCUGAGGAACCCCAAGCCCUGGAGCAAGCUCAAAUCCGGCCGGGAGACCUUCCGCAGGAUGUGGAAGUGGCUCCAGGAACCGGAGUUUCAGCGAAUGUCUGCUCUGCGGCUGGCAGCAUGCAAGAGGAAAGAACAAGAGCAUGGGAAGGAUAGAGGGAAUACACCCAAAAAGCCUCGGUUGGUCUUCACAGAUGUCCAGCGUCGAACUCUACAUGCAAUAUUCAAGGAAAAUAAGCGUCCGUCCAAAGAAUUACAAAUCACCAUUUCCCAGCAGCUUGGGUUGGAGCUGAGCACCGUCAGCAACUUUUUCAUGAAUGCACGUAGGAGGAGUCUGGAUAAGUGGCAAGACGAGGGCAGCUCCAAUUCAGGCAACUCAUCUUCUUCAUCAAGCACUUGUACCAAAGCAUGA